UCUGUUUGAGGAAAAAACGUGAACUCGGAGUGCAAGAUUGCAGUGGAGAAGGAAAGAUUACAGAUGCCCAUCUCGGAGCAGCUGGUUGGAUGGGGCGAAAAAUAAUAAUAAAAACUCAAUAGGCUAUAAUAAAAAUAAAAGGAUUACUCGAGUCAAGAAACUCACUUUUCACCGGGACCAACGCGGUAGCUCGCCGAUGAUUUUUCAGGCUAUUUAAUGGUUGAAAUAAAUAUAAAUACAUGUACUUGAAAUUUUUGCGUGGAGUUUGAUGAUCCUGGACGGUUGAGGCUUCCAUGGGUUUAACAAACAGUUCGGAUGAGUUGCUUGAAUCCCCAACCUGCUCAGAAGCAAGCUGUAACUGCGACAGCUGAUGUAGAAGCAUCCUCUAAGCUCCAGAGACAGCUGAUGAAGGUUCCUUACCCAGUUUAAAUCUGUGCUGCAGCAGCCUAAAACCCACACGGAGCACCUGAAAAGCUAAAAGCUUGCAGUUACCUAAUAGAAGGCAGACAUGGAAAUGACCAACGGGUCCCUGCAGUAUCCCUCCAUACUUCACACGGACUUCGGACCGCUAAAUGACCUUCUGGAGGAGAACGAAACGAACUCAACCGCAGGAGAGCGAAACUGGCUGAACUGCGUUCAGAUCCGGGUCCCUCAGGAGCUCUUCUUGGCACUGGGACUCAUCAGUCUGGUGGAAAACAUCUUGGUCAUCAUGGCGAUUAUUAAAAAUCGAAACCUCCACUCGCCCAUGUACUACUUUAUCUGCUGCCUGGCCGUGUCUGACAUGCUUGUCAGCGUCAGCAACGUGGUGGAGACCAUAUUCAUGCUUCUCAAUGACCACGGCCUCCUGGAUGUGAACCCCGGCAUGCUUCGCCACCUGGACAACGUCAUCGACGUGAUGAUCUGCAGCUCCGUGGUGUCCUCUCUCUCCUUUCUGUGCACCAUCGCUGCCGAUCGCUAUAUCACCAUCUUUUACGCGCUGAGGUAUCACAGCAUCAUGACCCCUCAUCGCGCCAUCAUCAUCAUCGUGGUGGUGUGGCUGGCCAGCAUCACCUCCAGCAUCCUCUUCAUCGUAUAUCACACCGACAACGCCGUCAUCGUGUGCCUCGUCACUUUCUUCUGCACUACUCUGGUAUUCAACGCCGUGUUAUACCUGCACAUGUUUGUCCUGGCGCACGUGCAUUCUCGGCGCAUCGUGGCUUUCCACAAAAACAGGCGCCAGUCCACAAGUAUGAAAGGAGCCAUAACCCUCACUAUCCUGCUCGGGGUCUUUAUUUUAUGCUGGGGCCCUUUCUUUCUACACCUUAUCCUCAUCCUCGCCUGUCCCACCAGCCCCUUCUGCAACUGUUUCUUUCGAAACUUUAACCUUUUCCUCAUCCUCAUCAUCUGUAACUCCCUCAUCGACCCGCUUAUAUACGCGUACCGGAGCCAGGAGCUGCGUAAAACCUUGCAGGAGAUGGUCCUGUGUUCGUUUUGCUUCGGCGUGUGAUAUCAUGGACAUUCCUGAACAAAACCGAGCGCAACACAACAUUCUUCCUCUGUCUUCAACAUGUCCGAAGAUAGAAUUAGACACAACUGAUAUAUGUUUAAACAUGCAAAUGUUGCCCGUGCGCGAGUGCACAUGGCAGCUGAAGACUGUCACACUGCAAAAAUUUGAUAAAUAGAACUGGCUUCCGUUUUAGCUGUAAAUUUAUUUAUUAUUGCGUUACGCUUUUUUUUUGUUCUUCACUGGGAAGCUUGUGGAUAAUCUCGUAAAUCAGUCAACAGUUUCACAACACUACUUAUUGGAUCUGGUCUUAGUGGUUUUUUUCUUUCUUCUGUAAACAUGUUUGAUUUUUUUUGUCUAAAAAUGCCUCUUAUGGUGGUCAAAAUAUGCUGCCUUAAUUCUUUUUUAAAAAGGCGUUCAAUUAUUAUAAUUUCUUGAAAAUAAAAAAGGAAGUUUACUUUCAUUUUUAAAAUGGCCAACAACAAAAGGUCGCUACCUUACAUCUCUAUCCCUUUUAAGAUUAUUUAUUAUUAUUUCUGAAUCAAUAUCUUAAUUACAUUUUUCUUUUAAUGAAUGAUGUGCGUUGCAAGAAUUAAAAAAAUAGAAGCAGCGAAUAAUCUCUUAGUUACUGCAGCUCAAAUGCAGAUUAUUUUAUAUAUAGACUGUCUUUGGGAAAAUGUUCAAGCAUGGUGCAAACGGAGCAGGGGACGGAUGAAACACAGCUUAAUUGGAGGGGCGAUCAGACUAAACCUUAAAAUGACACUGUGUGACAAACUCCAAAAUUACUGUUGCAAAAAUAAACGCCAAAUAUCCCAGUGACUUUAAAAAAAAGAAAAGAAAAAAAGGGGACAAAAAUCACAUGAACAUGCUUGGUGGUAGGCCCGAGGCUCAUGGCAUGAGAGGGUUUAUGAAAGAAGAAAGAAGCCAUGUCAAAGCUAUAUUUCUGGAAGUUUGUGGGUUCUCUGAAAUGCGCAAAUAAGGGACAGUUUGGGCUGCAGUUUUUGUUAUGUAGGACAGUCUAGGAAGGAACGGACUAAAGAUCCAUGAUUAAAAAGACAGCAUACAGGUUACACCAAGUCCAGCUAAUGUAAUUAAUUAACUUCAUUGCAUAAAUUAAUUAUUAACAUUAAUAGUUUUAGUUGAUGCAUAUAUUCCAUGGUGUUCUUUAUUUAUCCCACAUAAGUGCUGGUAACAGGCCUGCAUUUUGCACUCUUAUCAUUUUCUGUGGAAAAGAUGAAAUUCAUCCAUCUUAAUUUAAACUCUGAAAAGUUUUAAAUCCCCACAUGAUGGUGGGAAGAAAGGUUUCUGGGUUAUCAAGCUG